UUUCAGUUACUUGGGUAUACUCAUAAUGGAAGAACCCCACCCAGCACCAAGGAAUGAUCGAGAUGCGGAAGGUGAAGAGGCUAGGCACGCUUUAAGGAUGGAGAGACAACUUGCAAUUCGUGAGGGACGUUAUCUGCCUCCACUCCCACAACUUCCACCAUUGAUCCAGCUGAUUCCUGUGCACCGCGCUCAGGCGAACGAAGCUGUCGAUAGAGCCAUUGAAUUUCAGCUAAACCAGAGGCGGCAGUUUUUGCUGCAACACCUUCGACCUGAGCAUUUUCAGCCUGGUGGAUUCUUUGAUCCGCAGCCAGAGGGAAACUAUCAUCCUUUGUCUCCACAACAUAGUGACGAAGAGCUUGAUGACGCGGAAGAGGAGAUUGAGAGACAGCGACGAAUCCGCCAAAACUGGAGAAACUACAUGAACCAGAGAGUUGAUCCCAUUCCACAAGAGAUCGUUGACCGCUUGCUCCGGGAAUACGACAAUUGGGCAAGAGCCGCGUUAAACAAUAACAAUGGAAAUUUUCGAAACUACAAUGCGAUGCUCUCCCCAUCACCAUCUCCAUCACCAAAUGCAUCACCAGCACCGUCAGACGACGAAGAUCCGAUGGAGCACGUGAAUUCUGAUGAUGAAGAUGUCGAGAUGCUUAAUGCUCAAAUGAUGGAAAUGCGUCCCAAUCAGCCGAGACCAAGAAAGCGUCAUAAUUCUCAAGGACCAUUACCGAUCAAAAGGAAAAGAGUCACUUUCAAGGAGGACUCUUCAGAUGAGGCCAUCAACUCAUUCGAUGAGGACAGCUCCGAUUGCAAUGACAAUGUUCCAGUCAACCGUAAACAAUAUGACGACGACGACGAGGGAUUUUUCGGAGGACCCCCGGCACGCCACAACUCCUUUGUUGCAUAGAAGUAAAUCUCAAAUUAACCAACUUUUCUUCAACACACUUUUACCAAUUUUUCUAACGAGAAACUACCGGUUCCCCGGUGGCACCGUACGCCAUUUUCUGUGAAUGUUUUUUUUCAAACCCCGUUUUUCUUUCUUUCUUUCCAUUUCUGUCCGACUCAUUUCCGCCACAUUUCCUCGCCAAUCCACUUCCCCGCACCACUUGGGAUCUCGUUUCAUUUUCAUGACUGUUCUUCUGGAAAUUUAAUCACAAAGUCCAAAACUCAUUUCUCAUCCUGUUUUAUACUCUCAAUUUACUUUUUGAAUUAACAUUAUCGUCAUUAAUUUUAAUUGGGAAUUUUGAACAUAAUACAAUUUUAUGUGAAAUUACAACCUAAAACAUAAAUAUCACAGAAAAAUACAUAAAGAUUGGAAUGUAUGUGAAACUGUAACUAGUAAAAUUGUUCAAUAUGAUCGAUGGGUUUCUGAGUGAUGUAGGACAGAUAACAAUUCCAGAAGAAUGCGACGACCUGAAAAAUU